ACCGUGAUAGGUUUUGUUGCCACGCCCAGUUUUAAAGCCUCGGGUUGAAGAAAUCUUAGUCCUUGCUGCAAUGUGUAGUACAAUAUACAGAGAGUAGCCGUACUCGUAGUGUUUGAGGGUUCUAUGAAUUUAUCCAGUAAAUGUAGCAAGUAAUGAGAGUAAGGUUACAUUGUCGCACAGGUUUUUGCAGAACAUCAUAGCCCUUAACAAAUUACAACUUGUAAUUUUUAUUGGUAAUUAUAGAUGUAAAUAUUAGGUAGCACUUACCUAAGUUAACUUUCAGUAUAAGGGAAGGCUUUUGCACCGUUAGGUUUACUAAAUGUGCGUAUUAUUAGUAUUACGCCUAGCCACCAUUAGUAAAAUUUAUUUUAAAAGUGGAUAUGACAUAUGAAAUUGAAAGGCUGUGAAAAUUAUCGUCACAGUGAUGGAGUUCAACAAUUCUUUGUGUUCUGAUAAACUAAUAAGUUUAGCUGCUGAAGGUUUAGUGGCAAUGUCGAACUCAAAGCCACGUUGUGAUUCUGAUGCCAGAUGGUCUCCAGAGGUAGAACAAUAUUGUGUUAGGGCAACGCGGGAAAAAGACAAGGGAAGCCAGCAGGCUACAGCCAGCAUGGAAACAAACAAUGAAAUAUAUUUACAGAAUACUAACAGUGAGUAUAAAUCACAUUCUUACGCUUUAUCCAAAGAAGAUUUUAAUGAACCUUUUAACAUGAUUGCUCAGAUUUUAACUGAUUUAACUCAGCUUAAGAAAAACUCAAAUUCCGUUGUGAAUCGAAAAAGUCCAGCCCUUGAUGUAACACCUAUAAUAUCUUCAGUCACAGAGGGCUCAGUAACACGACCUGAUGAACAUUUGAAGAAAAAAAAUUCCUAUUGUGGUAAAAGGGUAGAAGAAAGAAUGAAGUCUUGUAGUAAAACUAAAAGUCUAGCAAAGACUUUAAGUGAUCAUUGCAUGUCUAAAACUAAUAAACGAUACUUCACUGUGAUGGAUGAAAAUGUUGAUUCAUCUGUUUCACCUUCAGAUAUUUUACUCCCUGUGCAAAGUAGAGGAAUGGAAGAAAACUGUAUGAAGAUAUCUUCUAAACGAGUAAAACAAAAAGUUGACAGAAGCUCAGAAAUUCAAAAUGGUACCAGCUCCUCAAAGAAGACACUGUUUGUUUGCUCCUUUGUGGGGUGUACAAAAACAUAUGGUAAAAGUUCUCACCUGAAAAAUCACCUUCGUACACAUACAGGUGAAAGGCCAUACAGUUGUUCAUGGGCAGGUUGUGGAAAACGUUUUGUAAGGUCAGAUGAACUAGCACGACAUUACAGGACCCACACAGGUGAGAAAAACUUCAUCUGCACUAUUUGUCAGAAGAGGUUUAUGCGCAGUGAUCAUUUGAGCAAACAUAUGUUUCGAUGUCAGAAACGAUUUCCUGAAGCACCCAGUAAAACUAAGUGUUCUUUUAAUGAUAGCUCAUCAGCAAGUCCAUCAGCUGCACCCAUUAUUGUGACCUGCAUCUCUAAAGAACAGUGAUAUUCCAAAAACUGAUACAUUGCAGUGAUUCCCUACUUACAGUAGGCUUAAUGAUUAUAUUCAGUUAAGUAUUUAUACUACCAUACUGUUCUUCCAUUACUUUAUUAUAAGAAUAUGCUACUCAGUUGUGAAAAAAUCAUCCAAGAAAUUUUGCACAAUAAGCUUAAUGAAGAUACAGUUUGAGAAAUUUAAAAAUAAAAAGUGAAAGAAUUUAAAUAGGUGUGUAGAACAAUGUCAUAUUUGCCAGAAAUGUGCUUUAAAUAUGCUCAUUUGUUUUUGACUUUCAACACCAAGUCUAUGAUAACAAGAUGUUAAAAGGACAUCAAGCAUUUUAUGUAACACUGAGACUAAAAAAAUGUUUCUUAUUAUCUUGUUUUGUAUGUAAGAUAAUCUCUUUUUUUUUUUCUACCUUAGUGCUUUGCUUUUGAUUUUUAGGUCUGUUUCUGUAUCUCCUUUUGGUAUCUUUUAUAAGAUAAUUUUAUGCACAUUAGUCACAUUUUUUUGCAUUGCUUUUUGUGACUUAAGUUUUUGUGUAUCAAAUAUAAAUUUUAUUGUAGUUUAUUGUACUGUGAUUUUUUUAAAAAACUUAAUUCUUAUGCUCUUAUCAAAGUAUUUAUGUUUUAAAACUUACUUUUAAGUAAAACAAAAGGUUGUUACAGGAUUUUCUCGCAUGCAUUUUCUCAAAAAAUGCUUUAGCCUGCAUCCUUAUACAUUAGUUCACUGAAGCUUCAUAUUACUUAAUAUUUGCUUUCCAUAACUAUAUAAGCAUUGUUUGUCUUAAAUGAGUCUCUGGAUUCAUACAGUACAUUCACGGAUAUUUCCUAUGAUCCAUCAACCUCUGUAGAUGUAUUUACAUAAUUUAAAGGCUCUGUUUUUGAAAAAUACUGACUUUUAUCUAAGUUUCCAGGUUAAAUACCUUAAGGUUUUUGAGUAUGUGUAUUCAUCCUACAUUAUAGAUAUUAAAAUAUUUUACAUAGCAAAAUUUGCAGUAAUUGUUUUCUCAAGUCUUAAGUCUUGCUUAUUAUUAUCACACACAGUUGCCUAUUAAAAAUGUUCCCAAUAUAGAUAAUAAAACAAAACAAAAACAAAAAAACUAGUUGUCUGAAGAAGAUUGUCAACAUUUUCCAGAACAAUUCUACUACAAAACAGUCAUAAAUGCCCAUCCACAAAUGUAACCAGUGGGUUGUUGAAAAUGAAGCUUAAUAGCCCUUAUAACAUGGUCAGAAAGUGUAAGGAAAACGUGUUUAAAUAAGCAAAAUUCAGCUACUAUCUUUCUUUGAAUUUUGAAUGCUUGUAAAUUAUUUUAAGUCAGUUUUCAUUAGUAAGCCCUUUGAAACUCAAAAUCAAAUUAGAUUUCACUCAAGCAGACUUUGUUUAACCAUAUAAUUCCUUUUGUAUAUGCACCUUUCUAAAGAGUACAAGAUCAAGUGCCUAAGUUGUUUUUUCAUAGCUAUAGUUCUUCAGAUCUAGAAUAAUUUUAAUAGUCCUUCUCCUUAAUCUAUCAAGUACAGUACAUUUUAACAAAAGCAAUAAUGUUUUCAGAUGAGCAUUUCAUAUAUAGAUUUAAACAUAUAAAACAACAUAUGAGUGGAAAAGAGGCUCAAAAACAUGUUGUUGAUAUUUUUCUAACAUGUAAAUAAAGUGUUACAGUAUCCAGGAUACAUUUUUCCAGUAAGAUAGCUUUCCAUUUUGCAAUAAAUUUGUACAAUGUAAUUGUUCAUAUAACAUAAAAAAAUUUGUUACAUUGCACACUUGUAAUAGAACAAAUCUGUGUUUAAUUUUCUUGGUGUUUCAAGCAUAAUGCUUUUGAAGGGGUCUAAAUUGCUGUAGAAAGGAAUAAAAUUGAUGUAUAUAAUGUAUUGUUCAAACUGUAUUCUUAUUUUCAACACAGAGCACCCUUUGGUCUUCAGUUGAAUUAUAACAGGAUUUGGUAAAAUUAAGUUGUCAUGACAGAAAAAGUUAUAAGCUACAUUUAUUUCAGAUUGAGUAUGAAAACAACCAUUACAUGGAUGUGGAAUUUAAAAAAAAAAAAAUUUGUCAGAUGCCAGAAAAAUCUACUUGUCCUCUCCCUAUCCAACAAAAUACAAAAAAGUAAAAUAAAACUUGUAGGAUGUUAUUUCACUUAACAGUGACAUAUAUAUAUAUAUAUAUAUAUAAAUGGGAACACACACAGAGAUUGAGAGAUAAAAUGCACUGAUAAAUUAGUAAAAUGACUACAACUUGGAAAUGUUUUUAAAAAGUCUGAUUCAUAAGAUACAAAAUGUUAACGUGGAUCUUUUUUAUACUAUAUUCUGUGUCUGUUUUUGUAUAUUGAAAUUGUCAUUUUGAGAAAAUCACUUGUUUUGCUUCUGCAGCUUCAACAAAAGAUGCUGUGAAAGCAAAGUGAGAUAAUUAUUAAAUAAACUCAUCACAAAUUAUUAUAUGGAUCCAUUAAAAGUACAGUUUAUUUCAAACUUUGCAAAAUCUGUUUAAUGUUUAGACAAAAUGCUUUUUACUCGUAGACCUUUUUAGUUCAAAUGCUUCACAUCCAUCUUUACAAUGCCGUUUAAUGCUUAGUUUUGUCAGGAAUAGCGUGUACCAUCUAUUGCAUUUAAACUUUUCGUACAUGUUUGUUCAUGUAUUUUGUUUAAUAUUGUUAUUAUGAUAUUAGUGUGCAUCAUGGAUUGAUAAAGAAAUCAUAUGGUUACAUUAAUGCUGCCAUGAACUAAAAUGAACUUAUUUUUGUAUAUAUAUAUAUUAACAGGUUUGUGUAAUUUUUAUUAUGUUGUAUAUUUUUCUAGAGCUAGCAGCCUAAUUUGACUGACAAAAACCUAUGUCAUAAUAGUGUUGCAUUGGUUUAAAUGUUUUUUAUGCUGUGUGUGACUGAGGGUUUUUGAGUUAAAGGGAUAUAUAUAUAUAUGUAUUUGUAUAUAUAAUUUUGGUUUGAGGUUUAGGUAUGCAUUUUUAAGUGUUCAUGUGUAUGUACUAGACUUCUACAGUUCAAAAUAUUCUGAAACUUGCAUGGCUUUCCAGAAAUCAACUCUAAGUGUUUUUCUAGCAAUAGAACACACAGUGCUCUUAUGGGCAAAGCAUAAUGAUAAAACUUAUUGUCCUGGGCAUCGAGCAAUAUGAAUUCCACAUCCCUGUAAUUAAUUCAAAAGAUGACAUAAGAAUAAGGAUAUAAAAAGUAAGCAUCAAUAGAAAAAAAAAAUCUUAAAAAAUUAGCAAUGAACAACAAUUUUCAUUAUAGACAAUAUAAAUUGUAGUUGAAUAAUAGGUAAAUGUUUUUUAUAAAAUGAUUUAUAUUGUCAAGAAUUCUUGUAUAAGACUAUAAAAACAUAUUGAGCAUGUUUUGUCAGCAAUUGUAAUUACAGUUUUUAGAUUCUACUAAAUUUAGACUAGAACAGUGAGUGAGUAGAUAGCAGUAGAACAGGUAAAUUAGGUUAUUGUUUGUGAAAUCUCAAAUUUAAAGGAUCUUGCAAAUGAUAAUUUAUGAAUAUUUACUUCAAACAGUUAUUUAUGUGCAUUACAUGCCUUGUGGAUUUUAUUACAUUAGCUUGUGUAAAAGUAAACUUGUAUCUUAGAACUGUUACUUGAAAUAUUGAAGUUCGACCUAUUGAUAUUUCUGUGUGAAUGCUACUCUAAUAGAGCUGUGUGAUUAACUCGAUUAUUCAGUAUAAUCAGUUACUCAUGAGCAUCAAUUAACCAAGAUUAAUGUUCCCAAUUAUUACAUUUGUUUAAAUUAUCCAAUUAACCAAAUAUUGUCACUAUGAUUUUUCAUAAUUAAUUUUCAUUAAUUUAAGGUUGUUCAGCUUAAUCAGUUAGUCAUGACUUAUGAAAAUUGUUUCUGAUUACCCAAGUUUCUUGAGAAUAAUUAAUUGAUUGAAAAUAAUAGAUUAAUUACACUAAAUGUUUAUGCAUAUGCACUUCAUAGAUUUUUUUUAUAAAUCAUAUUCAGAUAAAUAUAAAUGACUCGUUGGUUGUAAUCAACUGUUUUUGGUACAUUGAAGAAUUGAUAAAAUUGUAUUCAAAUAUUAGAAAUAUAACUAUGUUCUCCAAAAAGUAUUUAGUCUACAAAUGUAGUUCCAUUAAUAUUGUAUAGUGUUUGGUAAACUCAUAAAGAUUAAUAAUACUUAUGUAAGUAUAUUUUGGUAUUGCAUCCACCAAAAGAAUAUAAAAUUUACAAAUUGUAGAUUACAUAUCCAUAAGCAAUGAGGAAAAUAAAAUUGUUACUGUGAA